AUUAAAAUAAAAACAUAAUAAAAAUAAAUAAUGGAUUAAAACAAACAUUAUGUAAAUGUGUAAAUUAAAAGAAAAACUUAUAUAAAAAUACGCUCUCUCACUCCGCUACUUUCCCACACUUUCUUGCAACACCAAAUUGUUUCCUGUAGUAAGUAAUUACACUUACAUAAAUUCCACCAACUAUAAACAUACACUCCAAUAUGAGUGUUUCGACCACCUUAACAUUAACUCGUGUACCCUCACUAGAAGAAACUCUACAAAAAGCUCAGUACAACUAUCAGUCCGUAAACAAUACAAAUGCCAGCAGCACCAAUAACAACAACAACAGCAUUACCUCGUCAGCAACAUACUAUCACUUUCCCAGUGAUAUCCAAAGCGAAUAUACGAUAUUAAACUUUAAGAAUGAACCACGGACACUGACAUCCGAAGAGACCCUACUGCUGGAGAAGACUAAGCUAACAAAUAGUCAUGCUAAUGCCACCAAUGGUUUACAUAUGCAGAAGAGUAGUAGUUACCAUGGCACCACAGUUAAGGGUAAAUCCACUAUUAUCAAACAGGAUAGUUUAAAUGGUCGCAUCAACACUACUCUCACAGAUAGUGAUAGUGAAUAUGCCAGUUAUAUCACCAUGGCGCCCACAAAAUCUCCCACUAGUUCCUCGCCCAUGGCCAAUGAAGCCGAAGAGGAACAUGAUAGCUUUUUGGUGGGCUCUUCGGGAGAAACUGCCACAACUAGUAGUAGCACCACUAAUCGUCGUCUAAAUCGUUCGAGUAGUAAAACCCGCUCUUCAAUGUGUUAUCGUGCCAAUGCUUUUAUAUCGCGUAAUUGGUAUCUCAGCUAUUUGGUGCCUCUCUCCAUACUACUGGCUCUCAUGUUUGUGGCCUAUUUGACCAGGGACUAUGCGAAACGUUUGCUGUACUGGAUUGAGACACAAAAUCCUUGGAUUAUAUUCGCCAUAUUUAUGCUGCUGUUUGUGAUUGUGAGUUUUCCAAUUGUGGUCGGUUAUUUUGUGCUGAUGAUAACGGCGGGCUAUUUGUUUGGCUGCAUUAAGGGCUUCCUAACUGUGAUAUUGGGUGCAAAUAUGGGUAUAGCCAUAGCUCAUCUAACUUUGAGAAGUUUACGGCAUCGUUUACCGAUACAAAAAUUAAUUAAAAAUGAGACUGGACGCGCAAUAUUGCGUGUUAUAUCUGGACCGAGAGCAUUUCGUGUUGUAUUAUUUACUCGUUUAACGCCCAUACCAUUUGGCAUACAAAAUGCAAUCUUUGGGGUCAGUACAAUUAACUCAAAAGUCUAUCACACUGCUACAUUUUUGGGUCUUUUGCCAGCACAAUUGAUUAAUGUUUAUUUGGGCUCGACUUUAAGGUCAAUGCAUGAAGUCCUUAAUAAUCAUGGGACCGCGGUGACGGGUUACAUUAGUUUUGGUGUUGAGGUUAUUUGUGGCGUUGCCUUGAUGUUUUGGGUGGUGCAAAAAGCUCGCAAAGAAUUAUCGGAAACUCUGCUCACCGACAUAAGCAGCGAUGGCAAAUUAAUCGAUAUACAAGUGUAGCAAGACUGCAGUAAUUUAAUUUUAUUAUUAAAUUAUAAAUAUUUAUAAAACAAAAAAAGAAAACACAGAUAUUAAAACCUAAAGAAAACAUAUAUUUUUUAUUAAUUAUUUUUUUAAAAAUAUAAAGUUUUUUUUAAGAGCAUUUAUUUAAAAAUUUGUUUAUUUUUGAAAGGCUUUCUAAAAACCAAAAAAAAAAAAAACAUGACAAACAAGUUAUCGAAAUAUAAAAAAAUAAAAGUAAUAAAUAGAAAUAGUUAUAAACAGAAAUAUAAAAAAUAAAAAUAAAUUGUAUAUAAUUUGUUUAAAUGGAAAUUAAUUUUGAAUUAAUAUGUACUUGAUUUAAAUUUAAUUAACAAUAUUUUUCUAGGUUUAUAAAGGAAAACUAAUUGUUGGUUUUUUAAUUAUUACUGUUUUGGCAUUUAUUUUAGUUUUGUGUUAAUUUUGUUAGUUUUAUUUUUAAUUUUUUUAUAUAGAAAUUUGUAAAAAAGCUCAUAUAUGUACUCUAAAUCCUUUAUAGAAAACAAAAAUACAAACAAAAUCCAAAAAAAAAAACAAACUGCUGUGCCUCUUUAAAACACACACUCACAAAAAUAAACAAAAAUAUUCUUAAAUCUAAAAGAAAUUCUUAUAAAAAAAGAAAAAUAUAUCUAAAAACUAAGAAAUCUAAAUAGCUUUUUAUUUUCUGAACUAAGCUUAACUUUUUAAUAUAAAAAAUUGUAUAGUAAACAGAGUAUAUAUAUUUAAUGUAAUAAAUUCUUAUUAAAAAUGUGAAAAUUAAGAAAAAAAA